AUGUCGAAGGUUUUGACGUCGCUGGGUGGUGCGUUACCGGACGAGAGGCCCCUCCUGUCUCUCCAGAUCGUGGAGAGUCUAGCCAAGUGCCCUGCUGGUUAUUGGGCUGUCAGUCGGACCUAUGAUGAGGAUGCUGAUGCAGGGCUUCUUAGACAGGCCGGCCUUUUUGGCAAGAAACCCAGCCAUUACAUUUGCUUGUCUAAAUCAGAAGGUGUUCCUGGGUACGUGAUGGACGGGGUGCUAGUACUAGGGGAGCGAGAGGCUACGCCCGCGGGGUACAGCGUGGCGGGGAGGCUCGGCAAGCGGCGGCUGUGCACGCACGUGUCCCGAGCCCCGGCCUCCGCCCCCGCCGCCGCCGCAGCCCUCGUCACUGACGUCAUCGUCUGCUCCAAGAUGAGGAGCGCACCCAGGGGAUUCGUGCUAGCUGGUGAGAUCAACGGCAAAGUAGUCUGCUAUAAGGUGAGCGGCGGCAGCGCGGACGUGUCCCCCACACACGCGCCCGCUGACUACGAGAACGUCGUGUCUAACGUGACGCCUGAAGCAGUUAGAAGACUACGCGCUGCUCCCGAGCGACCUCCCAAGCUGGCUCCCCUCGUGUCAGACAUCAACAACUUGAACCUCAAGUCUCCGGACGAGUUCACGACCGACCACGACUACGAGGCGUUGAGUCCAUCGUACAACGUGAAGCCUGUCCGACCCGCGCCUCGCCCGCCCUCGGCGAAGUCCCCAGUCCCUCAGGGAAGCCCUACGCCCGCGUCCCCAGCCGGCGCCGGCCGGAGGAAGGGUCCCGCCCCCCUCCCCAAGACCCUCAACUAUCACACCCUGGGCGGCUACAACGGCAUGGAGGGCGUCCCAUUCGUACUCAACCCCAAAUUACGCGGCUUACCCAGUGAUACAUUGACCCAGCUGCCGGAGAUCAAGCAGAGGACUCGCUUCGAGCUCGAUCGUGACUACUCCUACAGCUUCGCGGUGGAGCGACAGACGUGA